GACUCCGCCGUCAAACUUUGGUGGCUUCGGUAUCCGUACUAGCCUAACAGACACAUCCAGGGUCCAGUCGCGUGGCCCGGCGCGAUAAAGUCCUCCACCUCACGCCCGCAGCCUGUUGUCCGCCCAGGCGCGUCGAGCGCAUUGACAGUGCUAACAACUUGCUGCUCCUGCUUGCGAUAGUAUCCCUCCCCCUCUUUCAACCUCACCAUGGCGGAAGAGCCCUCAUUACCGCGUCUUCCGUUACCUGCCGUCAGUUGGAACGCGCAGACGGAAAGCUUCUCCAACAACCCCAGGAAACGACGCGCGACGCGCCGGCCCAGCACAGCCAGUGGCGCCUCGGUCUUCAACUCGAGUGAUCCGGCCAUCUUCUCCAGCGAUGAUGACCCGGCGCUUGACAAUUAUGUAGAGGGGCGGCAAAAGAGACGGUAUCUGGGCUCGUGGUACAGCCACCAACAGCACCACCAACCUGAGCAUGAGCAUGAGCCUGAGGCUGAAUGCGCCGGUGCGCCUGCGCAGUUCAAAGGCAAGCGCACUCUCCAGCGCCAGUAUGACAGUGGAGUCUUCCUAGCGAGCGACUGCACAGAGGAUGAUGAUACCACUCUCGAGUUGGAGUGUAGUAUGCCAACGCGUCUGAAGCUGCCGCAGCUGGAGGCGGCUGUGCGGACGAUGACAGAACCCGAGCGCGCGCUGCAGCGCAAGAUUCGGGAAUGCGUCGACACCGGCAAUGAGACUGUCGACUUUUGGAACAUGGGUUUGGAGGAGCUGUCCGGCGAGACCGUGGCUCCAUUGUCUCACUUUGAGAAGAUCCCCGACGUCGUGUCUCGGGAUGUGGCGUUUGAGCAGAGCCCGCCAAAGCUCAACCUGUACCUGGCCAUGAACAGGCUGCGGAUGCUACCAGGGGCCUUGUUCGAUGUCACCAACCUAACCACCAUGAGUCUGCGCGGCAACAAACUCGAGAGUCUCCCACCGGCAUUCAGCAAGCUCUGCAACCUGCAAGAGCUGAACCUGUCACAGAACCGACUUCGUCACCUCCCUGUGGAGCUGUUACGAUUACUUGACUCAAACUGCUCAUUACAGACAUUGAUUCUACAUCCGAAUUAUUUCCUCUUGCCGGCCCAUGGGGACGACAUUUUCGAGAUCCUCGAAGACGAUGAGCGCACAACACCGGAGCCGGAUGCCUCUGAGCUGGAGUAUGAACGUCUACGGAAAGCUGGCACCUGGCCAGCGAGCACGCCAGAGGCACCGCCGCCGAGGAUGCUGACCAGGCGCCUUGGGAGAUCCCCCCUCCAAGUAUCUGAUGCCACAGGCAGGGUGCUAUCCAGGUUCAAGCUACCCUCAACGUCUUCGCACGAGAAGUUUGAGCUGCUUGAUGUGGAUCAAAUCUACAGGAAGCAAUUAUACGCACAGGGCGUGGAUCCCAAUGAUGUGGACAUAUUGUCACAGCAACAACAGCAAGUCGAAGUAGGCAGAGCAGGUCAGUCGGCUGUGCCCAGUCUGGUGGAGGCGGUCAUGAGGAAUUGCUAUCGAAGUGUGCGGCUCGGGGAGUUCAAGCACCUGCUGCCAGAGGACUUUGCCAACCUACGGCAAGUCUUCGACAAGGCCGCAGAAGAGAAGGACCGGGGUGGCCUGCCCUGCUCACGGUGCGGGACGUUGAUGGUUGUGGCGCCGAUUCGGUGGAUUGAGUGGCGUGAGAUCAACACCCUGACCAGGCACAAGACGAGGGAAGGUGUGUAUCAGCUUGAUCCGCUGAGCGAGGUCGAGGAUGAGCUGGUCGUGCCGUUUCUGCAUAGCGCUUGCUCUUGGCGAUGUGCGCCGAGGAAUGGGGAGCACAGCGGCUGGGUGUUCCCCAAAGGAUGUGGAGGUUGUACAGCUGGAUAUACGUAUUUUAGGCAAGGCUACCCAGAGCGUGCUGAAUGAAUAGCAAUUCGACUUGAGUACGUGGAGGUUGCGAGUUCACCACAUUCGCGCCUAGAAGUCGGCGCUCUUGAUACGGUCUUGUGAUAUGCAACCGGAACGUCGAAAAUUUAUGGCUAUUAGGUGCCUUCUACCUUGGUUUACCG